UCGUUCCUCAGUUUUGUUCAAUUUCGUCCUUCGAGUCUCCGACUUCUCUGCGAAAUUCCUCAGUUUCUACUAUGGCCGGUGCUGGAGAAGAUCAGUCUUCUUUCUCCGGCAAUCCUGAUGGUACUGCGGUCAAUUCUUCCAAUUCUCAAGUCGACGAAGGUGUCAUCGACGCAGACGACUUGAAGUACGGAUUCCAGCGACCUGAAAUGUACAAGAACUCUCUCGCCGGAACUGUCGAUCCUUACGACCGCCAUGUGUUUUUAUGCUACAAGAAUGCCGAGAGCUGGCCUUCUCGAGUCGAAGAUGCUGAAUUCGAUAGACUUCCCAGUCUUCUUGCUGCCGCUCUUAAAUCUCGCAAGAACGAAAUUCAAGGAAAGACUCGUUUGACGAUAUGUGAGGGGCGGCAUGGAACAGAGUCUUCAAACGGGGAUAUCUUGAUUUUUCCAGACAUGGUCCGAUAUAGGGGUUUGACACACCUUGACGUUGAUAAUUUCGUUGAGAAUGUGGUCGUGAAAGGCUCUACGUGGGUUUCUGGAGCUCCUGAAGCCUUAACCGGCUCACACAUAUUCGUGUGCUCUCAUGGUAGUCGAGACCGGAGAUGUGGUGUUUGUGGACCUGUUCUUAUCGAUAAGUUUAAAGAGGAGACUGAAUCACGAGGACUUAAUGAUCAGGUAUUUGUCAGUCCGUGCUCUCACAUUGGGGGGCACAAAUAUGCUGGGAACUUGAUAAUAUUCAGUUCGAAUUCUGAGGGAAAAGUUGCUGGUCAUUGGUAUGGGUAUGUUACUCCUGAUGAUGUCCCCAUUUUGCUUGAGCAGCAUAUUGGAAAGGGAGAGAUUGUAGAAAGGCUAUGGAGAGGUCAAAUGGGUUCAUCCAAUGAAAAAGAGGAAAAUGAAGGUGAACACAAGCAUCAAGAAAAUGUUGGAAUGGCUAAUAAUGGGACAAACUUGAAGAAAGGGGAGACUGAACCCAAAGGAAGUAACGGUGAAUUCAAUCUGAAAGAUGUAGAGAGCUAUUGUCAGGGUGCCAAUGGGUUCUCAUGUUGCAGGAAUGAAGAGAUGGAAGUGAAGAGUGAAAUUGCAGGAAAGAAACAGAGACAAGGUACUGAUGUGAGCAAGAAUAUGUUUGGCAAUCUCACAGCUUGGGCAGAAACAUGGGAGCAAAGUGAUAUUCUCGCAGCAGUUGCUGUUAUUGGAACUGUGGCAACUGUUGCUGUGGCUUGUAGCUUCUAUCGAAGAUCAGGUUGAAUACCUCCUUCGAUAGUCCAUUCGCUUGUUUUCUUUAUUAGCGAUGGUGUAGAGACAGGUUUUUGGCAAAGUAUCCAAAGGAGGUAAAUAUGGUUAAAUAAUUAUCUGGCCUAUCUUGUGAGAGAUAACUAGAUUAGUAUGUAAGCAUCACACCCCACUUUAAAGGUGAACAAUCCUGAGUAAGACUUCCGUAGAUGGUAUCAUUUCAUGUCCAUUACCGUUUUAGAGUCA